CUUCCAACCAUGGCUUCAGAAGAAUCAGCACCACCGAAAACGGUCUUGGUGUUCAGCACAAAAUCACCCGAGGAGGCCGCUAUUUUUGGCCUUCGAGGGAGUGACAUCCAGAAUCUCAGAGCUGAACCGGUCCCUGGCCCCCCCGCUACGCCCGAUGAAUGGGGGUUUACGAGCCCAACGGCAGAUGGAAUCUGCAAAUACUGCCAACUCAUGCUUCAUCCAGAUCCACCACAGCUUAUCCAGCAUCAGCCCAAUGUAAUGCACCUGAUCAACUCAGGCGACACGUGCUCGACCUGCAAAUGGCUGGAAAUUAGCAUACAGCGUGGUGCCGCGUCAGUGCUAGCUGAAUUUCAGCGAGGCAACCCGGAGUUAUGUGACGAGAACAACUUCUCAAGGCCUGUUACUGUCGAGUUGACCAAGCACGAGAAGUAUAUCAUGGCAGUUGGUUGGGUUGGAGAUAGGAAGCUCUACACGAAUGGCGGAGUGCCUUUGACGAUAUCUUCGCCAUCUCGUCUUGGAAGUCUUGCUACUCGAAGAUUCUGGAUUCCUCACUAUGAACUGGAUGAAUCAGAGCCUUUUAAGCGGCAAGAUACACUGAAGAUGUGGCUGAAGGAAUGCGAAUCUCAUGAACAGUGUAUCAAAUCUCUUCCUAAUACCAAAGAAGCAAAACUUCCAACGCGCGUGCUAGACCUGACUGGAAGUUCGGACAUCCCAUCAGAUCCCAAUGACAUCAAGAUCAAACUACGAGAGACGGAGGAGGGAGAAACUGGAACUUAUACGGCUUUGAGCUACUGCUGGGGUGCCAACCCAGAUCUCCAUUUCAAAACGACAAGUGAGAAUCUACAAAAGCACAAAGAGGGAAUCAGUUUCUUCGACUUGCCUUUGACGCAAAGGGAGACUAUCCUCGCGACACUCUAUCUAGGAAUCCGAUAUCUUUGGAUCGAUGGCUUGUGCAUUAUUCAAGACUCCCGCCAAGACUGGGAAGCCGAGUCUGUCAAGAUGGGAUCUGUUUAUACGAACGCACAUCUCACACUAGCAGCUACUUCAUCCGAUACCCCAGAUAUGGGUCUUCUUCUCCCCUUCCAAGGCUCCGAGUGUGUCAAGAUCCACGGGGAGACGGUUAGUGUUCGGAUGGAGACGCAUCGGGAGCUUGAUAGGAUGUCGGAGCCUUUGAAUACUAGAGGCUGGACACUUCAAGAAGCUGUGCUAGCAUCGAGGAUUGUCUGUUUUGGCAAGGAGCAGUGGCUGUGGAAAUGUCCUAGCCGCUACGCUACGGAGGACGGACUGAUCGACGGAUCGCGAGACAUUGAUGGUGGUCUGAUUCAGUGGGCUGAUAUAGUGCAGCAAGGUCCUGGAGAGGAUGGAAAGAACUAUCUGCGACAUUGGUAUCAGAUGGUGACAAACUACUCAAAUCGUGAUCUGACUUACCAAAGCGAUAAAUGGAACGCUAUCGCUGGCCUCACAGACAUGUUCGUAAAGCAGACCGGCUAUACUCACCUGGCAGGCCUAUGGGAAGAGGAUAUCGCAAAUGGACUUGUGUGGGAAGCGAAAAUGAGUGGGGUGAUCCGUGAGCCAGGAAGCAUCCCGUCAUGGUCCUGGAUGUCUGUGAAAGGCGGGAUCAAGGGCUAUGUACACACGACCCCUACACUCUCUAUGAUUGAGCUUUUAGAGAGUGAUUUGCAGUGGAAAGAAACUCCACUUGCGUCCCCUCUGGCGGUCGCUCGCUUGACAGUCAAAGGAAAGAUCAUCCAGGCAACAUUGGGGCCACGCUCUGUUACACAGGAAUCUCGUCACCACGUUCUUGCAGCCCCGGGAGGCAACGAAAUCUUUGGGGAGGCGUUUCUGGAUAGUAGAAUUCCUGAUGGGGCGGAGAUGCCGACUGUGUCGUGCCUUUUUGUAAUGGAAGUCCCUGAGAAGAAGGAAUACUUUACGUUACUUCUCACAGGGUCAUCAGGCGAUGAAGUAGGCAGCCAGGAGAAGGGUAUGACAAGGCUUGGGAUUGGAGUUUUCUGGACAAGGUCCAGAUUUUACAGCAACAGGACUGAAGGCGACGUGAUCUUGGAGAAGGCUUCUGAGGCUACAGUAGUGCUGGUAUAGAAGGAACAGAUCGCAUCGUGAUAUUAUUCCG